AUGGUUGCUGAAGUGAAAACAAAAAUGAAAGAAGAAAUUCUUCAAGAGAAAACAUACAGAGAAAGAUAUUUUGCAAAUUACAGAAUAGAAGAAAUGCGAAAAGAGUACGAAGAAGCUAGGAGUUAUGUUAUUCCGUUGCCCGGUGAAUAUUAUUCAAAGAUAGAAGUAGAUAAAGAUUCUCUCGAAAAGCUGGAUAAGAUAAUCAGAGAUGUAAUGACACUAAGCUUGAAGAAGAGAGACGAAGAGAGAAUGAAGAAAAAUGUUGAGAAGAUGGUAGACGAGUUGAAAAAGACAGCAGGUAAAGAUGAUAGUGAAGAUGAACAAAAGAACGAAGAGGUGAAAGAAAAAGAAGCAACUGGUGAAGAAAGUCAGAAGACAACAGAAGAAGAUGUUGCUGAAAAACAUCAGGACGAUGAGAGUUCGAGGAAGAAAGAAGAAGAAACAGGUGGAGAAAAUCAGGAGAAGGUUGAUGAAAAGCUGGAAAAGUAG